AUGGCUCCCGGAGACGCCGCAUCACCUUCAGAUCAGCAUGAAUUGCUGAAGCAAAUUCUUUCCACUGUUCAAUCCAUACAGCAAGACUGUCAACAACUUUCUGCUAGUGUAGAGACUAUCCAAGCACAGGUCAACGUCCUUUCUGGAGCCAAGCAAGUGCACGACGUUGCAGGAAGAGCCCAUCUAUCACAAACCCGCAUUGCACCUAUUCAGCUUUCAUCGACAGGAGAUCAGCAGGUCGCUGGUGACACCGAAUCUAGCCCAGAUUUUCCAGCUUCUUCGCUGGAAUUCAGCUCUGCAGGAAUUAGCGAAGCUCGUAAUGAUGGAGAACCUCUCUAUGGGCGGAAACAUAGUUCUACUGCCACCUCAAGGAUCAUUCUAACAACUUAUCCAGGACAGUCAGGCAUAGACCCGCUAAAUAUGGAAUGGGGACAUGUUGACGCGCUGGAACGAGGUCCCGUCGUAGUGUCACGUAGUCAGAGUACUGUUAGGCGUCGAAAUGCAAUUGGUGCUCAUGGCGGCUCAUACUCCAUCUAUCAUGCAUUGGCCGUAGCAAGCAAACAUCUCGAUGUGGAUCAUAAGCCAGACUUCACCAACGCAGGCCCAGCUUUAAACAUUGGCCCUUUUCCCCAAUGGAAGAAGAUUGUGUCCAUGGACCCGUGGGGCCACUUGAGCCCUUGGCUGUUUUCCGAAAUAAUGCGCGAUGAGAAUAUCCAUAUCAGACCAAGUAUCGCUAUUACCAAGGCACAUAUGAAAAUCCCUGAAAUCGAACAAAGUGUCCGUGAUGGUCACCUUGUCCCGGAUAAGAAGAUAUGUCUCAACGAUUUCGGAGAAUUAGCCGUGACAAAGUUCGCGGUUGAGCCGGUCUGGUUUCUCCCUGGUGUCGCCGAGCGUUUUGGAAUAGACGAAGGGGCUUUGCGUAGAUCUUUAUUCGAGAACACAGGGGGGUCCUUCCCAGAGCUAAUAACACGUGGGGACAUCAAGCUUUUUCUCCCUCCUAUCGGAGGCCUAACGGUCUACUGCUUUGGUGAUCCUGCAAAACUCUCAGAUCCAAACGUCAGACUUGCUCUACGCGUCCAUGACGAGUGUAACGGAAGUGAUGUCUUCGGGUCUGAUAUUUGCACCUGCCGGCCUUAUCUGAUCUUUGGCGUCGAGGAAGCAGUCAAAGAAGCACAGAAAGGCGGUACUGGCUUGGUCAUUUAUUUUCGCAAAGAGGGAAGAGCACUAGGAGAAGUUACGAAAUACCUCGUAUACAAUGCUCGCAAACGGGGAACAGAUCGUGCCAGUGAGUAUUUCCAAAGAACGGAGAACAUUGCUGGUGUCAAGGACAUGCGAUUUCAAACACUGAUGCCCGAUAUACUGCACUGGCUCGGCAUCACCAAGAUUGAUCGUAUGCUAAGCAUGUCAAACAUGAAAUAUGAUGCUAUUGUCGACCAGGGCAUACCCAUACAUGAGCGUGUCCCCAUUCCUGAAAGGCUUAUUCCAGAAGACAGCAGAGUAGAAAUCGAUGCCAAGAUUUAUGCGGGCUAUUUUACGAAUGAAAAAGUUCCGAGCAUGGAGGAGUUGAGUCAAGUGCACGGCAGGGCUUGGGAGGAUGUUGACCAUUGA